CCUGAUUUGAAAGGAAAUUUUUAUUUCAUGACAAGUUUUAACUACAAAAUGAUUAGCAAAAUCUCUCUGCAGGCUUGCUGUGUUUGGUGUGUUCAAAGCCUCAAUAAAGAGAAAUAGCAACAGGCAAAUGGCCAUGUCAAGUUCUCCUUAACCUCCACAAACUUGAUAUCUGAACAUUCAAUCUCCCAAAGAACAAAGCUCUGGUGCUUCUCUUAAAUCCCCCUACUCACAUAGUUCCAUUUGGAUGCUGGCCUAAAUGGACUAGAUUCAGCAAGUCAUGCUUAGCUCUCUUCCCAUUUGAACUCUUAACAAUCAUUAACUAACACCAUUUUUUGAAAGAGGGAGAGGAAGGCAGAGCAGUCAGGAUUUGCACUUCACCCUGAAAUGUUACCCUUACGGACAGACCAGAAAGGACUCCUGCCUUAUGGUCCAGGACUACAGUACACGUUAUAUAGAGUAGGUAUAUUUCAAAUGCCAGAACUGGGUUAGAGAAAUAUUAAAUUUAUGCAUGGGGAUUCACAGAAAGUUUGAACAGAAAGGACUGUGGAAGACAUUGAGUGAAAACUUUUUUGACAAGAUUGAAAUGAUCCAUCACAAAGCCAGCUGGUGGAUGCUCAGAUUAGAACCUGGGUGUUCUGAAACCCUACCUAGCAUUUUGUUUUUUUCCAUUAUGCCAUGUGACCGCAUUCCAUAGUGAGUUAAGUUUUCAAAAACGCGAUUUUCCCAAUGAAAAAUGAUUUACUGUGGGGAUGACUUUUAUGGAAAAUUUCCCAUGUGGAAUGGUUAAAUGAAUACUUGCAUCAAAGAAAAUUCCAACAUUAAACUGCACAUCUCCACCUAAGGCAGACUGCAAAAUUAAAGUUCUUAAGUAAAGAGCCAUCUUUAUUAUUUACACUGGGAGUUACUAGGUUCCUUGCUCUCCACUGGCCCCGCACCCUGCAAACCCACUUUUAACCUGAACACUUCAUUUCUAUUCUCUUAACAAUUUCAUUACUGAAACCCAAGCCAAAUUCUGGAAAGGAGUUUGGUGAUUGGGAAAAACAUUGAAAUUAUGAUUUAAAUUGAGACUUGGGGAUUUUCUGUGGAUAAUUACCCAUGUUCGACCAUACCAAAGAAAAAAUGAAUUUCAAAUUAGAAUAUAAAAUAAUUUUCUCUAAAAAUGUGAGAUGGAAUCCAUCCUGGGCAUUGGGACUAUAUUUAUCCUUCAGAGAAAUCUUGCCCCCAGAAGGCAUUAGACUGGGAUGAAAUACAUUGGAGGCAUAUUAAAUUUUAUUUGAACAUUGAUUGGAGGGGGAAAAAAAAGAAGGAAGGAAAAGUGAAAUUGGAUGAAAAAUAAGGUGACUGAAAGAGAGAAAAGACAGAGAAGCUUGUUAAUUACAGAACUUUUUAAGCAAGAUAUUUUUUUUUCCUUUCACAAGUUAGAAGCUAUUGAAUAAUUCAUGCCAAGUGUGGAAAGGCUGCCUUUUCCCUGGGUGAUGUAUAACUAAGCAGGAGAGAGCUUCAAGUGGGAUCAUCGCAUCAGCCACCACUCUUUCUUUUGAGCAUAGGGUGCUCUCCUGAGCUCGGCUUCUGCUUUUGCAACCAAGCACGUUGCUGCUGCCUGCCCGCCCGCCUGCCCACCUGUCUGGGCUUGCAGCCCACCACUUUCCCCAGCCCCGCUGCCGGCUGAGAAGUCUCCCUGAAGCUGCUGGUUUCUGCCUAGGACCGUGUGUGGGCACGCUGCUUGGGAGAAGCAGGCACUUGCUCCUGGCACUGAUCCUAGCUGAGUUUCUCCUGUUGAUUUCGGGGCCAACAGAUGCUGCUGCUGAGGAGGUAUUUCUUGGCAUCUCUCCCUCUGCUACCGCCAGCUAAGGACCAGUCCAAAAGCGGGUGGCAGGAUGGGCCGCGCUGCGAGAAGCCGACGCUAGAGAGCGAGGUGUGAAGAGUUGGCCAGAAUGACCAACUCCUCCUCCACGUCCACCUCCUCCACCACCGGGGGAUCCUUGCUGCUGCUCUGCGAGGAAGAAGAGUCGUGGGCGGGCCGGCGCAUCCCCGUGUCCCUCCUGUACUCUGGCCUGGCCAUCGGGGGCACUCUGGCCAAUGGCAUGGUCAUCUAUCUCGUGUCGUCCUUCCGAAAGCUGCAGACCACCAGCAAUGCCUUCAUUGUGAACGGCUGUGCAGCCGACCUCAGCGUCUGCGCUCUCUGGAUGCCGCAGGAGGCGGUGCUCGGGCUCCUGCCCACCAGCUCCACGGAGCCCCCGGGGGACUGGGACGCCGCCGGGGGCAGCUACCGCCUGCUGCGGGGCGGGAUGCUAGGCCUUGGGCUCACCGUGUCCCUCUUAUCCCACUGCCUGGUGGCUCUGAACCGCUACCUGCUCAUCACCAGGGCGCCCGCCACCUACCAGGUGCUGUACCAGCGGCGCCACACAGCCGGCAUGCUAGCGCUGUCCUGGGCGCUCGCCCUGGGCCUCGUGCUGCUGCUCCCGCCCUGGGCGCCGCGUCCGGGGGCCGCGCCGCCGCGCGUCCACUACCCGGCGCUGCUGGCCGCGGCGGCGCUGCUUGCGCAGACGGCGCUGCUGCUGCACUGCUACCUGGGCAUCGUGCGCCGCGUGCGCGUCAGCGUCAAGCGGGUCAGCGUCCUCAACUUCCACCUGCUGCACCAGCUGCCCGGCUGCGCCGCCGCCGCCGCCGCCUUCCCGAGCGCCCCGCACGCCCCGGGCCCAGCGGGGGCAGCGCACCCCGCCCAGCCCCAGCCCCUGCCGCCUGCACUCCACCCGCGACGGGCGCAGCGGCGUCUCAGCGGCCUGUCGGUGCUGCUGCUCUGCUGCGUCUUCCUGCUGGCUACGCAGCCCCUGGUGUGGGUGAGCCUGGCCAGCGGCUUCUCGCUGCCGGUGCCCUGGGGCGUGCAGGCGGCCAGCUGGCUCCUGUGCUGCGCCCUGUCCGCGCUCAACCCGCUGCUCUACACGUGGAGGAAUGAGGAGUUCCGCCGCUCCGUGCGCUCCGUCCUGCCUGGCGUCGGAGACGCGGCGGCCGCAGCCGCUGCCGCUACGGCCGUGCCCGCCAUGUCCCAGGCGCAGCUGGGCACCCGCGCCGCGGGCCAGCACUGGUGACCCGGCCAGGGCCCGAGGCAAGCGGAGGUGCCGGACGUCCAGCGUCCUUGGGCACCAUCGCCUCCUGUCCGUGUAAAGUGUACCCUGCCUGAACGAAGACUCCUGCAGGCGGAGCCCAAUUAAACCCGUGCCAAGGUUUCGCCUUCAGCACCUGAACCAAGGUUUCUCCCUUAAUGGGGAACCUGAAAUCAUUUUGGACGGUUACCUGAUUUUAACUCAUUGUUUCUGAGUUUUAGAGAAAUCCUUGAGUCCAAACAUUGGACACUUCAAGACCUUGCACACUGACGUUUUAAAAGAACCUUUCAACCCUUUUUGAAAAAGAGCUUUGAUAACGUAUUUCCAUUCCCACUUCAUCUUAUAUAUGAAGCUCCUUGAAUGUGCAUAUUGAUGAAGGAAAUAAUAUUUAAGAAGUAUUUUAGAGAGUUACUUAUCUUUGAUGAUGUUUCUCUUAUAAUUUAGCCUUUCUAUAUUAACCCAAUGAAUGAAGCCACAGAUGUGUACAACAUUGAGUUGCCAUUAAGACCUCAAACUCUUUAUUCUUAAAAGAGUUUUUAUAAAGUAAUAUCAUUCCUGAAUGAGAUAGAAUCUUAGCCAGUGAGGGGGGAAACACCUUAGAUUUACUAUUUUACACUGCCUUUUGCACUUCUAAGACUGAAAAUUGGCAUUGAAUGUUAAAGUGAAGAAUUUGCAUUGUGCUGAUUGAAUGGGUCAGCAAUGGAAUUUUGAAAACAAAUAAGGUGAUUUAUCUAUUUUAGGUACCAGUUUCACUUUCUUAUAGCAUGCACACUUGUUGCUGCCCUCGUUUUGUAAUCAAUUUAUUUGCCUUAUGAGUGUGAUUGCAACUUUGAACAUUCUGUACUAUAAUGGUUGCUAAGGAGAAUAAGACCUGUUUUCUCUUUAACAUUUAAAAUAUCUCAAUGCACAUGAUAUAAUUAAACACUAAUAAUACCAUGACUACAUAGCUAAUAUUAGUUGCUAUUGCAUGCUCCUAGAUGCUAGAACGUAUUGGGCAUGUAGUAUACUAAAGCAAUACCCAUUAGGCAAAGACAUUUUACUUCUUUCAGACACGGAAGAAGUAGCCUUCAAUUUUUGGAAAAGAGACACAGAGAUACCUCUGGCUACCUAGACUUCAUCUUGUCUUGACCCAGUUUAUGAGAAAACUCCCACUUGGGACUUUAUCUUGCAAAUGGAACCACAAUCAAGAUAGAUCAAUAAUAUGGUUUGGCUCUGCAAAGCAAUUGUGUUCCUUUAGGGUUUAAACAAGCCACAUAUUAGAGAGCAACACUGUUUUUUUUUAUGCAGUUCAUCUAUAUUACCAUGACACUUAACAUUAAUAUUGUGUCUGUUGAAGGAAGUAUAAUCAACUCAGUUAUAUAUAACAAAUAGUUCAAAUGGGAAUUAUUCUAAAAUUCGGGGCUGUAUGAUUUGAGGCUUGUUAUUUUUAUCUUUGAUUUAUUAAAUUGAUCUAGAAAUAUAUGAAACAGAAAAUUGUGUGGAAUCACUUUAUAAAAUUAAAAUGGGAAGAAAGUUAUUUUAAAUAAUCAUGUCUCAGCAUUCUGACUGCUAACUACAUCAACGAUGGGGCCAAGCAGCCUAAAUUAACUGUGUAAUUCAUGAACAAAAAUAGCUUGGUUUGUUGCAUUCCUGGACAUUACAAGCCAGGAUAGUGGGAACACUUGUGCAUUUGAAUAAUUACGGGAGUUGUAGGAAACUUUGACAUAUUUAUAGUAAAACCAAACCGAAACCAACAUGUCCAUCACCAAUAAUAGAUCAGCAGUCAUUUUAUUAAUCUAUUCCCCUUUGUGCAUGUACCAUAUCUCUUACUAAAGUUUCAUCAGUUCCCAUUUUCCUUGAUUCAAAUAUUUAAUUAAAGUUCAGACAACAAGUCUUCUGAGUUUUUUCUUCUGUCUCUGGUCUUUCAUAUCUCCUUGAGAACAUUAUAACAGAUGACACUAUAUUCCAUACCACUAGUGAUGAAAGUAACUUCUUUGUUCUGGCUUUAUUUAACUUUAUUUUUAGUUUCUAAAGUUAUUUCUAACAUUUAGAAUGAAAUAGGGUCUGUAGGCCAGCACUAAAUAUAUAGGUGGAAUUUCCUUUCUGUAAGCCUAAUUGAUUUGGGGAAUAGGCUGCAACAAAAACAGAGAACAGAAGAUCUUCCUUUUGGGGGGACCCUGGGGAACACCCCUAUAAAAAAGGUCUUUUUAAAAUUAGGCCUUUACCCUUAUUUCUCACUAUGGAUGUUGCAAAAGACUUCUCCUGGUGUUCCUACGAACAUUCGCUAUGCAUAUAAACUUAGCUAACACUAAGAAAUGGCUAACAAUGAGAAUCAUCUUAUGCUGGCUCCGUGCCAUGUGGGAGACCUACUUUAGGUAAUAUUUACUGGUAAUUAACUCCACAGGACUGAUUCACUUUUAAUUUUGAAGUAGCAAUGAUGUGUCUAAAAAUGCUUCACUAGGACAAUAGCUGGGAGUGUUGGAGUUACUGCUUUUACAAAUUAAGUUAAUGGAGAUUGUGUUCCUAUUUAAAUGAAACCAUAUAUUAUCCACUCAGGAAUAAAAAAUCCUAACUGCUGUUGUGGGCUGCCCUACUUUGCCUUUUCUAUUGUUUUUCUUUAGGUAUGUACCUGUUAAAAUAUCUGGCACUUCUUCCCUUUGCACUUUAAUGGCAGAAUUCUAGGAUGUAAUAACUAUUACUCCUAGCACUUUCCUCCUUCCAAAAUGAAGCAUGUGCAUAAACAAUAAUUCUGUUUUGUACAGAGGCAACUGCGGGUGGUUUUUGUUUUAAACACUAAGAGCUUUAACUCUCUGAUAAAGCCCUUGAAAAGGUCUGCUCACUGAGCGAAUGUUGGUCCACUUUGGCCCCAGGGUUUGGUGAUUUCUGUUACUCUGAUGACAACUGUAUUGGCCAUUCGUUGUUUCAUAUGUAACCUUUAUUCUGUUCUCCCAGCAACUCAGACAAUGCUCAUCUAGCUCUUUGGCAGUCUUAGGAGCUGGCUUGACAAAAGGGUAUCAGUGGCACACAUUUAAAUUCAAGAGCAAGGAGAAAAAUUAUAGAUGUCUCUUUCAGAGGUCUGCCCUUAAAAUUUGUGGGUUGUGGGGCAAGAAGGGAGCUCCAGAUGGGAGCUCUUGAUCUGCAGGAGCCAGUCAGGGAAACCCUUUCUGCCUCUACUCUCCCUUCCACACAUAUGUGAGUGGGGCUCUGCCCCAAGCUCUGUCCCACCCACCUCUCAGCCAGCCACCUUGACCACCUCUAGGAUCUAGUGGUGCACAGACACCCGGUAGAGCAUAUCCUGGAAGUGUCCCUGAGACAUUUAGGCAGAGAUUUCCUGGGUUCCAGGUACCAGGGACCAUUGAGGGAGGCACAGACUUCUACUAGGCAUGUUUCCUCAGGACCCCUUUCCCUGUGGGAAGGCAAGUGGCCACAUGCAGGCAGGAGCAGACCCUGUAAGCAUGAGCAGGGACCUCCGUAUCUUGAGUUUAAGAGUACUACUGCCUUCACCUAGGUCCUCCUCAGUAUCCUUUCCUGGAUCCUCCCACCUGCAUGGACUCCUUAGAUAGAUGCCACACUUAGGGUUUCUGCAAGUACUCACACUCUGCCCAAUGCACUAGGUAAGGUGAUGGUGAGGAGGGAGUUGGGACGAUGGAGGUGAAGCAAGGUAGGUAGAUGUUGAAAGUAGUUGAAGGGGAAUGGUGGGCACAGGGGAUGCAUUGCACUGUCCUCUUUACUUGUGCAUAUCUGAAAAGUUUCAUAAUGGAAAGUUGAAGCCAAAGUCAGAAAAGAAGAAAGAAGAAAGGAAGGAAGAAAGAAAAAAGGAGGCAAGAAAGUAAAGAAAGAAAAGUAACUAAUAUGCCUAAGGUCAUGGGCAAUUAAAAGGAGGAGCUGAGAUUCAAACCUUGUUUGACUCCAAGUGUGAGGUGGUAACUAUUUUACUGGUAGGAUAAAACAGGAAUUUUGUAGUUAGGUGUGGAAUUCCCUCCAUGAUGUGGCCAUUCUCUAAUUUCCAGGGUCUCUCUCUCUCCCCUACUUGCAUCCUUCACUGUAGCUAACUGGUCUACAAACUGCCUUUUAAACAUGGCCUGUGUUCUGUGUCUGAGCUUUGUUCAUUCAAGGACCUUCCUGGAGUGUCCUGGAAACUUGUCACUUACCCAACCCCCAUUCCUCCUUACAGGAAGGCUCACUUAGCUUCUGCAUCCUCUUGAGAGCCCCCCACUUUCACCUAUCAGUUCCCCUGCCGUGAGCUCUGCCUCCCCAGAACUCCUGCACCAUUUUGUUCUUAGCAUAGAUUCCCUUGUAUUGCCUCUGUUUUAACAUGCAUGUCAAAUUCAAAACUUGAUAAGAAAGGAU